AUGUCGUGGGACUCUAAGUCGGUAUCGCGUCGCCGCCAGGGCAGCAACGCUGCCUCAACCAAGAACCUCCCUAUUCAUACAAGCCAGGAGCCCAAGCCGACGAUCCAGCCAAAGUCGAGACAUGUGGCAGACGACUUCUUACAAGACUUUCUGGACCCAUCAUUCGAUCCCGCGGCAUACCUAAACGCCUCUCUGCCGCAGCUGCAGCCGAGCGGGCAUCAUUCCUCAAGGGGCGGUAGCCAGGCCGUCCAGCUGGCGGAUCUAUCUAGUGAAGCGCAGACUUUGCUGUCCCAGCUCAACGUCCACACGACGAGGCUAUCAGGCACCCUGACGCAGCUUACAGACGAUAUCCUGCGAAGCGGGAGCCGGCUUGCGUAUGAGGUUGAGCUUUUACGAGGCGAGACUUUGAGUCUUGCGGAGACAAUGAACGAUACUCUACAGGACGACAUCAAGAAAUUCGUGCCUGGCGGGCUUGAGGAGGCUGCGAAAGAGUCGUCUGCCAAGGCUACAGACGGGGGAGAGAGGAGGGCGUCAGUCAGUGCAGCCAAGUCGGAAGAGACCCUGGCGACAGGAGCAGCAACAGAGGGCGAAACAACGACCGCGGAGCCACCAUACGUUCACCAGCUCCGGACGUUGACUGUCGUGCGGUCUCGACUGGACUCCGUUAUCAAGACUUUCGGCGACGCCAUGGAAUUUGUGUUCCCGCCGUCUGAGCUCUCAGUCAGUUCUUCCUUUCUGUCUGUCUCAGCACCGGAGCCAGGCUCGGAUCAGCAUAGCACAGAAGACAAGGGCCAGCAAGUACUUCAAAACCUGCGAGACGAGAUAUCGCAGCUUCUGCACAAGUCGGAAGACCCCGUUCAGGGUAUAGAAAAGGCGGCACAGCGAAUUGAGGAGCUCAAAGACCUAAACCAGGUUUGGAAGGGGACGGCGGAGGAGAAGGGCCGAACCAAGUUCAUUGAGAGCCUGGCAAAAAUGGUCGAAGAUCGCCAUCGGGAUCUAAUGAGGGAAGUAGAUCAAGCUAGCCGGAGUCAGGGCAAUGGGAACGAGGGUAGGGCGAGGAAGGGCAGUGUUCAUGCGGACGCCGUGGAGAACAAGCCCUAUCUCGGCGGUUACGGCUUAAUGAGUCAACUGCAGAAGCUUAGAAGCGGCUUGUAG